UUGAGUUCAGCAGCAGCGUGUUAACUUAUCCUUCCACUUAGCUCAGUGCCCUCCUCAGCCUCUCGCUCUGCUCUCCCCGACGCGCACGUCGUCCGCGCUCCAAGAAGCCAAGCCGAGAAGCAGAAGAGGAGCCAUGGCGUCCAUCCCGUGCACCUUCCAGCUGAGCGCCAGGACGGCGGCGGCGUCGAGGAGGGUGUCGCCGCGGGCGGCGGCUCAGGCGCAGGGGCAGGGGCUGCGGACGCCGCUGCUGGGCUCCGGCGCGGCGCGGCGCGGGCUCGGGUGGCUGCGGCCGUCGCGGCUGAGCCGGGUGGUGCCGGCGAGCGAGAGCGGGCGUGUGGGCCCCACGUGCUGGUUCAGGUUCGGGAACAAGGACGCCGAGGGCGCCGGCAUCUACGGCAGCCAGGCCAGGGACGACUUCGACCGCGACGACGUCGAGCAGUACUUCAAUUACAUGGGGAUGCUGGCGGUGGAAGGCACCUACGACAAGAUGGAGGCGCUGCUGAACCAGGACAUCCACCCGGUGGACAUCCUCCUCAUGCUGGCCGCCUCCGAGGGGGACAGGCCCAAGAUCGAGGAGCUGCUCCGCGCCGGCGCCAAGUACGACGUCAAGGACGUCGACGGCCGGACGGCGCUCGACCGGGCCUCCGACGAGACCAGGGAGUUCAUCCUCGGCUUCGCCGCCAAGAAGGCCUGAACAAUUGAUCAUCUCCUGAUGGAUGAAGGUUCUUUGGUUGUAAAUUUUCGUUUCGAUUCCUGGGGUUGGUAUGUACUUGGUAGACACAGUUAGCCGGGAGAUUCACCAGCUGUUUGCAGAGGUAGCUUUCAGUAACCAUAUGUAUCUUCUUGCGUUGUCACUUAAUUCUGAGUGUGGUGUUCGACCUGCCAUUGCUCAACAAGACCACGCUUUGUUUAGAGCUGUCGAUCUAUGAAUUCUGAAAUUCAAACAGAUUGCACUGUCAA